AUGGGUGACCUCAUGAUCAUAGACACAUUCUCGCCUAUAACCAUACCUUCCCUGGCGGACCAUCGUUUCGCCAACGCCGAAGAUCUCCUUGGUGCGUCGUCGGACGACAUCGAUGAUCUCGAAAACUCCCUUCUCGCCAUGAGCUUCCUUGAUCUCGACAUCCCCACCCCACCUUCCCCACCCCAGGUCACUCUCACCUUCCCCGACGACUGGGACUGCCGCACAGCCAUCGAUGUUGCCGAGCGUCUGGCGGGACAAAGCUUUUACACUCCGAACUACUGCCCAGAGAUCAUGCUCUCGCUCCAGUCCAGGUGUAACAAGAUUAUUCCCUACCUCCACCGCAACAUCAUCCGCGAUCGCCUCCCCAAGUUCUCCGCCCUCAGCCCCUCGGGCAAGCCCCAUCGCCAGAUCCUCACCGAGAGACGGAAGCUCAAGACCCUCGAAUAUCUGUACGCCCAACGGCUCCAAGUCGCCCACCUCGAUGCAGUCAAGAGUUCGUCACCCGCCUUGUGGGGGUACAUCACCCAGUUCACAGCGGGGAUUAGCUAUGACGCUCAACUGUGGGCGCGUGUAAACGCCGUCCGUCAACCGCUUGACUCCAAUCAUCUCACCCUCACCUUUCCUCCGGGCUGGACUUGUGAGACCGUCGAGGAUGUGAUCAACCACCUCACCACCAGCCCGAUGGAUUCAAGUACAGCUCCUGGAGCACCCAGGACCCCCACCAUGGGGGAACUAUCCCAACCGAAGCUCUACUUUCGCCGCGACGGCCUCCCCAAGUUCUCCAAGGGACAUGGCUCCUCCGGUAAAGGCAGAAAGUUGACGCGUAUCGUCAAAUCCCAGCUCUUGGCCCUGGCGUUCCUCUUCGGUGAGCCUCUUUCUGUCGCUCACCUGAACACGAUCGAGCGCGAGAGCGUAGCGCUGUUCGACUACGUCACCGAACUUGGCCGCGUGGUCGAGGAACACCAGCACCUAGACGCCCCAAUUGCCGACGCCCUCGUGGGCUUCACUCUGGCAAACCGGACUUCCCACAGCACUCUACGCGUCAAGACCAUGUAUUCAGAAAGUAGCAAGCCCUGCGUCGAGGAACAGACUCGCUCCUCGACCAGUGAGUUUGAGGGCGACCUGGGUUUUGAGAGCAAGUUCGAAGUGUCCAAACUGUCUGGGAGCUCGAAGCGCAAGGUCAGUACGUCGUCUGUCCUUAACAUUCUCACGGACGACUACUCCGACUCUGAGGCGGAGUCCAGCAGCAACAAUAAGCGGCCACGCAACCAGUGA